CCUCGGAUGACCGUCAGCAGCAUCCGAGCCAAUUCGACGGUGUCGCUCGUCAUCGACGGGACAUCCGUGGAGAUGACGUGGCACGAGCUCACCGCGCUGCUCGCUACCAACGCGUGCGACGGCGACAGCUGCGCGUCGGACGUUGCGUCGGCCUCGAGCGUCGACAGCCUCUGGCUCUUAUUUGGCGGCUGCAUGGUGCUCCUCAUGAUCCUCGGCUUUGCGCUCUUAGAGGUCGGCUGCGUCCACGUCAAGAACACAAAGCACAUCCUCUUCCGCAACAUGAUGGACCUCUGCAUGACGGGCAUGACGUUCUACGCGGUCGGGUACAGCUUUGCGUUUCUCGAUGGCAACGCCUUCAUUGGCACAACCGGCUUCUUCCUCCAAGGUGACGCCUUUGCAACGAGCGACGAGCUGCACUUCGAGGGCCACCAGUACGGCGACUGGUUCUUCCAGUGGGCCAUCACGGCCGUGUGCGUCACGAUCUUCUCUGGCGCCGUCGCCGAGCGCAUCACGUGGCAAGCCUACGCGCUCUACUCGUCGCUCGUCGGCGCGUUCAUCUACCCUAUUGCAGCGCACUGGAUAUGGUCGGCCACGGGCUGGGCGAGCGUCACGAAUGGCGAGCGUCUCUUUGGCGUCGGUGCGAUCGACUUUGCCGGGUGCGCGGUCAUUCACAUGAUUGGUGGCGCGUCUGCGCUUGUCGGAUGCAUUCUUGUCGGGCCACGCACCGGCCGCUUCCGCGCCAAUGGCAGCCACGACGAGCUCCCCAAGCAGUCGGUGCUAUAUCAGAGCAUGGGCACGCUCAUCCUCUGGUUUGGCUGGUACGGCUUCAACUGCGUCUCGACGCUAACGCUGCGCGGCAACAUGCCAGAUGUGAUGGCCAAAGUCGCAGUGAACCUCACGCUCGCUGCGUGCGCCGGCGGCCUCACCACCGUGCUUAUCGACAAGCGCUUUGGCGCCAAGAUCUGGGAUCCGUGCAUGGUCAACAAUGGCAUUCUUGCCGGCUGUGUGUCCAUCACAGGGUCGUGCUCGGUCAUCGAACCCGAAUGUGCAGUCGCGCUCGGCGUCCUUGCGUCUUUUGUGUACAUCAGUCUUUCACGCCUCCUCGUGCGCUGGCAGAUCGACGACGUUGUCGACGCGAUCCCUGUGCAUUUGGGCUGCGGCACCCUCGGCGCCCUCGCUCCCGGCAUCUUUGCCUCUCGCAAAGGCAUGAGCAUGAUGUACGACAGCCACUCGUGCGGCAUCUUGUACCGCUGCGACGGCCACAGCGGCCACCAGCUCGCGGCCCAGGUCGUGUACGUCCUCGCAGUCUUUGCGUGGAUCGUCGCCUUUUGCAGCGUCCUUUUUGGCGGACUCAAAGCGGUGGGCCUGCUCCGCGUCUCGGCGGCGGCCGAAGCUUCCGGGUUGGACGUUGCCGAGCACGGCGGCAGCGCAUACCACACGGACCACGACGCGCCUCGUCACCAGCAGCGGUACUACAAAGUCGACUCGAUCGCGUCGUUGCGCGUGGACCCAGACGCUAUUGCACUCUCGCCACCGUGAUCGUCACCCUGUCCUUGCAGUCUACACCCUUACCUAACCCCAAGUUACUAGACUACAAUGAGACUGUGGAUCGUGCAGUUGUCGCGUUGGGAAUGCUGUAGAGCUCGUCGAGGCCGG